AUAAUGAUCACAGAUGGAUUAUGUUGUAAAUGUUUGUAAUGGUGUAACACCCCAUUAAUGUUCUAAACAAACAUUACCGUCGAGGUUUGUCCUUCGUCAUCGCUAUCGCGCAACGCUUUGAUGUGAAAUGAUAUUUUAAUCCAUGGGGGACUCUGUUGGACAAGCACUGUAAACACAUGGGUUCAGAACUGAACUGGCCAACCUCUUACAAAAAAAAAAAAGUAAACCGAGAUGCAGCUCUCUGCCAAGAGUCCUAGGCUUCUAGCAUAACGUGAAGCCAAGACAAACCUGUGGGGAGGUCCCCACCAGUGGUGGGUCAGCAGCAGCUGACACAAGGCCCAUAAUUGUCUGGGGUCAAAGGUUAACUGAAACCUCGUUACAGGCAGCCCCCCCAACUGGGCUGCACUUCCUGUAUUUGUUCACCAUUCGCCCCAUGUGACGGCUGUGUUCAACACAUGAACUCUAGAGUUGUGAAACAACUGGAACUUUGGAGCAGUUAGCUCCCCUUCACUGUUCCUCACCCUACGAUUUCCUUUUUCUCUCUCUCUCCGCUCCGCUCCCCUCCAACUCUGAGCUCCUCCUCUGCUGAAAAGACACAUUUCCUGAUGUCAUUACUAAAUCAAAACCGUUGCUCAGCAAACAGAUGUGUUCAGGGGCCCAACCACAUUGUGUAGCAUAGAUUGUCCUGAGAAUACAUCUUCUAAAUCUUUUUAAAGUCACUUUAAAUGUUUUUAUUUCAUCCCAGUAAUCGACAAAGACUUGUUAUUUUGAAAAACGUCCUUUUUGAUAAGGAGCUUGAGAUAUGAAUAAUCGUUUUAGUGAGGAUGAAGAAGUGGUCUAAUGCGUUGUCUUUGAAAAGCAGUAUGAAACGGAGACAGUAAUCUGCUGAGGUAACAGUCAUGCAGCUCCACAUGGCUCAAGGUACUACAUACAGAUCCAGAAGGAGUCCACCCAUAUUCCCAGGCUUAUCCUAUUGUGUGAACGCUGAAAGUCCUAGUGAGUUGGAGAUUUGCAUUACUUGCCUGUGGCUGUGGGGUAGAUAGAGAGUUGGUCUUUGCAAACAGCUGGCUGACUCUAAUAACAUCUUCCAGAUAUGAUCACAUUAACCCAGAUAUGAAUCCACAGCUGUCUGCACAGCACACCGUGCGGAGUCAUGAUUACAUCCACCCUAAACGCCCUGGUCCUAAAUGUUUACUUAUGUUUCCGAUUUGGCAGAGGCAGCCCUCAAGGCAAAUAAAUCACAAGCUGCAAGUCAGCCAGACCUUUGACUGUGAGAAAUGGAGACUAAAAAGUUUGUGAGACUUAAAGAGUAAAAGGUUUUCAGAUGUGAGUCCAGCCCAACUUGGGUGUGCUCCCUUUUAUUUGAGAGAGAGAGAGAGAGAGAGAGAGAGAGAGAGAGAGAGAGAGAGAGAGAGAGAGAGAGAGAGAGAGAGAGAGAGAGAGAGAGAGAGGACAAUCUUUUGAGCCUCCACCCCUUUAAAAGGCAAGACAAUCCUAAAGACAUGCACUGGAGAGGGGAAGAGCUUGAUGCCAAGGCGCAGGGCAGACAGACAGAUCCUCGAGCAACAUCUGGUAACCUAACCGCGGGAUACACCGAUCUGACAUCUGGUAACCGAGGGUAAUGCCGAGUCUAGCUGCUUCCACCCAUGUCUAGUUUCCUGUUAUGCCUUGCAGGGCUCGGUGUUAGAAGUUCAGGCUCAGUCUAGAUGGUCGUCAGUCAGUGGGGGAAACUCUCCUAUGUUCACUUUCUCUGACAUGAAGGGAGCGCUUGUUUUCUUUGGGAUGCUCCUCUCUGUUCUUUCUGACAUCGAAGAGAGAAGAGUUUCCAGUGGAUUAGGUUGUGGGAAUACGUAUGUUAACUGUGAACAAUACUGUGAAGUUUGUGAGUAUUUUCCCACAAGGACGGAGUGCUACGCGACCUUAUUUAUGGGAACCUGCUACAUUAAUUUUGUAAGUGCCAUGGAGUCAUUAAACAACACAGACUGGUGCAACUGGAACAAUGUGAAGAGGAUGUAUAACACCUUCACCAUGUGCACGGAGGAGAUAGCAGAGUGUCUGCUGAUCCCCUGGCCCAACAGGAUGGUGGAGAAUGAGUUUGUAAACAUCCACUCCAGGUUCUUCCGGGACUGUCCCAACGAGGCGCUGAGCGACCCCCCGCCCAGCAUCGUGUUUGCCUUGGUGAUGACCCCCAUCUGCCUCAUCCCCAUCAUGGUGGUCCUGGUGGUGCUCAAGACCAAGAACGGAGAUGGCAGCUCCUGAUAGGACGUCCUGGAUCAGUCCUCAUCCACCCUGGCUCACCUCCAUGUUCAGACUCACUCUCUCCAUCCCCUGACUGGGGCCAUUGACUCAACUAUUUUACAGAGCACUGCUUAUCAUCUUCCAGCCACUGAUGAUUGGCUUAGCUCUGUGGAGUCCUAUCAAAACAAUCUCACAGCCCAAACACCUGACACAUGACCUUUAUGGAUGCACUGAUACAGAAUGAGUAAUACCACAUCGGCAUCGUCCAAGGAUACAGGGGUUCAAGAAAUGGUCCGUCAGUGUUGUGUAGCGUGUCAGGUCAACAUCCUCUGGGUUGCUUCUUGAAAACUCAUCUUCUCCACAUUCCUCGAUGCUCCUCUAACGAAAAGUGGCGACAGCCAUGUAAACGUUUCGACUCCAUACACGCCUUAGGAAAGUAUUUAAGAUAGUAGGGUUUUAUGGACUUAUGUCAUUCUUGACAAUCCAUUACAUUCCAUGCCCAUCUCCAUCCUGUCCCAGAUGUGAACCCUGACAGCGACUAUGCUAAAAUGGUUACAUGUUUUACAAUAUUUUAAUUGUUUAUAUAUAUAUAUGUGAUUAAAGAAUGGCAAAAGUCAGGAUA